UCGAUCGCAUUUGAAGUUUAGGGUUCUUGAGCUAUGGCAGUGCUGCUAGGCAGCUUGUCGGCUCCUGGCAUCCAUCCUCUAGCCAGGAGAUCGUCAGACAGGAAGGGCUUCUCGGCGUCUAGGUUGUCAAUCCGGUGCUGCGAAUCUUCUCCUCCUCGCGACUACGUUCCAGUUGUGAAAAUGUGUGGGAUCACCACACCCGGGGAUGCCAGUCGCGCGGCGGCGGCCGGGGCGAGCUACAUUGGGAUGAUUCUCUGGCCGCGAUCCAAGCGAUCCGUGUCGAUCUCCCUCGCGAGAGAGAUCGCCGCCGCGGCUAGGGAGCAGGGCGCGGUGCCGGUGGGGGUUUUCGUGGACGAGGACGCGCACACGAUCGCGGAUUCGUGCCGGGAGGCCGGGCUAGAUUGCGCGCAGCUCCAUGGAACCGGUGCUAGAGCAGCGCUCGAUGGCCUCGCAUCGUCCUCGUCAUCGCUACGAGUGAUCUACGUAGCUCACGCCGGCAAGGAUGGAUCCAUCCAAACGCCACAGCCUGUGGCGGGGGCUCCCGUGGAGUGGACACUGAUCGAUAGCAUUCAGGGUGGAAGUGGCGAGAGUUUCGAUUGGGAAUCCUUGAGUCGGCCAGGCUUGGGCUUUGUUGGGAAGAGAGGAUGGUUCUUGGCUGGAGGAUUGAAGCCCGAGAAUGUGGGAAGGGCGAUCUCGCUGCUGAGGCCGAGUGGAGUGGACGUUUCGAGUGGGAUUGCUGGGCCGGAUGGGAUUGCCAAGGACUUGGAUCGCAUCGCCUCUUUCGUGAGCGCCGUCCACAACUGGAGGAGCCAGCAAGAAGAGAAUGCUCUACUGCUAUGAACAAGUUCCACUUCGCUUGGAGCAUUUACCGCGAGAAGGGAUUUUGUGUUUGGGAAGAUUCCAUACUACACUUGGCUUGGAGUGAGACGAUUGUCUUUGAGAGUUGUUGUUCCUUCAGCUCGCUUCGGCCGAUUGUCUCGAUGGAUCGAGGUGGUGCUUGGAAAGAUCACGCGUUUUCAGUUACCCUUUGGACUUGUGUAGAGUUGCAAGCGCUCAAAGGCAUUUGCAUUAUUUGAUCAGCCAUGAUCGCGUUUUGAGCUAUGUUUGAGAAACUUACAACUGUUAUGAGAUC